UCAAUUCUGGACGCAGUCUGAGCGAAGCGAACAGGCGGCCAUAGGCUGUAUGCAGGCACAGAGGGGGCAAGCGCUCGUUAGUGCGUGCGGUGGUCGCAACGAUAACAGAGUAAGGGCUAUCACACGUAAAAAGGAAUGGAAGGUACAGCGAGGAAUACCGAGGAACAAGGAGGAGCAGACGCGUCUGUGUGUGUCGAUGUUCCUCCGUGUGCUUCGAACUGUUUGUUUACAUGUGAAAUAAGAUAACUGGACAAUUGCAAAUUAAAAAUUUUGUUGAUACACGAUUAAAAAACGACUAUUUAGUUAAUAAAUAAUUCGCAAGCCUAAAAUUAUUAGUAUUUAUAAUAGAAAUGAGAGCAUCCUUGACAGAAUUGUAUGAUAUAUGGCAAUUCGAAAGAAGUAAGCGCUGGCAUAAUAGGAAGUGGUUAGUGAGACCUAUCAAUAAAAAAAGAUUGAAUCUAGGACAUUUUAACACCAGAUUUCAAGAAUUGAAAUCAGAUCCAGCAUUAUUUUUUUCUUACACACGAAUGGAUGUCCAGACUUUCAACUACUUACUUUCUUUAAUAAAGCCACACGUAAGGAUUUUUAAAAAGAGAAGAAACACUAUUUAUGCUGAAGAAAGAUUGGCAAUUACAUUAAGGUAUCUUGCAACUGGUGACGAUGUUUCUUCCAUUGCCUUUGAUUAUAGAAUGGGAUACUCAACUGCUUCUGAAAUAAUAAAAAAACUUGCCGCAUAAUCCAUAAAGUUUUGUCUGAAGUUUAUUUAAGACAACUAAGCAGACCAGCAUGGAGAAAUAUUGCAAAAGGAUUUUACAAUGAUUGGAACAUGCCAAAUUGCAUUGGAGCUAUUGACGGCAAACAUAUUGAAAUUAGAGCACCAUCAAACUUUGGAUCUCUUUAUUUUAAUUAUAAAAAAUUUAACAGCAUUGUUUUAUUAGCAACAUGUAAUCAUCGAUACGAAUUUACACUAGUUGAUGUUGGCGCAUAUGGUGGUGGGAGCGAUGGUGGUAUUUUUGCUCGAAGUGAGCUUGGCAAAUCAUUAGAAGAAAAGUCAUUAGAUAUUCCUAAAGAAUACGCCAAUUUACCAGGUUCAAACAUAAUUAUGCCUUACUAUUUUGUUGGCGAUGAAGCAUUUAAACUGAGUGAAAAUUUAAUGCGACCAUACCCUGGUCGUCAUCUGAGUGAUAUAAAAAGAAUUUUUAAUUACAGAUUAUCACGAGCAAGAAGGUGCAUUGAAAAUGCUUUUGGGAUUAUAGUAGCAAGAUGGAGAGUUUUUAGUAAGCCUAUUGGAUUCGAACCUGACUCUGUGGAUGUACUUGUUCUGGCAAGUGUUUGUUUGCAUAAUUUUUUAAUGGCUCGAACUCAAAAACAAGUCCGACAGAUGUAUUGUCCUCAAGAACCAAUUCACCAGGAAAAUAUGGAUGAAAUGAACCUACCAGAAAAUAUUGCACAAACUCAUACUCAAGCAGAUGCCACUGUAGCACAUAAUAUUCGUGAUUUAUUAAAAAUAUUAAAUUGCAUUAUUAAAUUGCACAAUAUUUUCUUUUGCCUGAAGGCGAAGUCAGCUGGCAGUACGAGUAUCAGUCGUGACAAAUACCAAGAUACACGAGAAGUAAAUUGUAUUUUUCUAAAAUGUAAACGAAAAUGUAAAUAAAAGUAGUACAAGUAAGAAAAUUAUUGUAUAAAUUUUUAA